AUGGACUCAACCCUGCCUCGUCUUCUUCCUCCUCUCCCAUCGGUUCGUCACCAGCACCGUCCGCACCAUCCCAAUACUGUUCCAAGACGUCGCGAUGGCCCCGGCGGUGGUAGCAGCAGGAUGCUGCCGGCGGCGCGUGUCAAGACGGACCGACGAAGACGAGACGCCGGUAGAUUCCGCGCCCAAGGGCUGUUCGGCGACGGCGGCGGCGGAGACGGGCUACGGACCGUGAUGAGGAUGGUGAAGCUCAACUCGGCCAUCCAGAACCGAAGCGUACGGGAGCUCCUCGAGCUGCUCGGCGACGAGUGCCUCUACUUCUUCGGUAACCUCCGCUCCGUUGAUGUUCCGCAGCUGGGCAAGAAUGGAAGGGGGAAGAAGCUGCCUUGGGACCUCGACUGCAACGUCUCCACUAGCCACGUCUACCGGGGCCUCCUGCUCAUCAGCCAAGUGAACAAGAUCUGCGUGCCACUGCUUCAGAGGAUUCUUGGGACCAUCCAGCAGGCAAGCAUCAUGCGUGCAUGGCAAACAGAUAACAGAUUCUGA